AUGGUUGGACACCUGCAGAAGAGUUCCAGUCCAGCUUCUGCCAUCCAGGAAGAAAUCUUGUGUGAGAAAAGAUGGCCUGGGAGGGAGAUAACUGAGGUUUCAGCAUCUGAUGCUACUGUGAAGGUCACAAGGUCUGCAGACAAUGUGGAGCUAGGCAUACUGAGCCAACAUGAGGAUGACCCCUCCAUACACUUGUAUGCCCAGGUGAAACCUGCUAGACUCAGAAGGGCACAGACUACCUCUUCUUCCCUGUUUCCAAAGGAAUUACAGCACUCUAAACACAGACAGAAAAACAGAGACCAAGUCAUAGAUCAGCAGGUGUGUUUUGACUUCUCCAGAUCCCCAGGUUUCCAGUGGCCAACACAAACCUUCUACUUUUUUCUACUUCAGGUUGAUACAUCUCAGGAUUCUCAUGCUGUGAUCUAUGCCCAGCUGCACAUCAUGACACCAAGACAGGGCAGGCAAACUUCCCCUCUUUCCAGGAAGAAAAUGCUGACUUGAGACCCUUCUCUGUUGUCAACCAGUCCAGAGAGAUCUAGAAUCUACAUUCCGUGGGAGAGAAAGGACUCAGCCAUGUCAGAAAAUAAGAUGUCAUAGGCACACUGUCAUUGUGCAAAAAUAUCUGGUGUCUAGUGUAUUCUGAGAUCUUCAGGGACUCACCUGAUUCUGUAGUCUGAGAUAAGAAAUAUGCCUGCAUGUUGUAAAUAGGGCAAAUGUUUUGUUAGUAACCAAUGCAUAAAAUGAAGAAAGAAAAUAGGACUGAA